AUGCUGCUCAAAGGUGUGAACCCCAUUCACACCGAUGCCCAGACCUCCUGGACUGCUGGACAUGGUGGGAUGUUCCAUGACGGUCUCAGUGGUGCCGGCAAGUACGUCAACUUUGUAUAUCUUUCCGGCACUGGAAUCAGCGACAUGGAUAUUUCGAUUGUCGUUUGCAGUGAGACGUGUCACGCCAUUGAGCAGCUGCGCUUCGGGAAUCCUCGCCACGCGUUGGAGCUCGGCCGGCCGUAG